CGGCGGCCGGCAGCGCCCGCGGGGCCGCGCGGCCGCUGCGAGGGGCCUGAGGGACGCGGGCGGCUCGGCGGGGCGACGCGGCGGCGGAGGAUGAGCGUGCAGAGCGCGCAGUAUCUCCGAGUGACUUAAAGCAUUCUGCCUUAUGAAAGAUUGGAUGUUCUGGCAGAUAGUCACUGUGGGAGCAAACGUUUCAUUUCAGUCCCAGAUGAGGACCGAGAACUUGAAAUCAGAGGAGCAUCUGAGAUCGAGUGCUAUUAGGCAGGCAGAAGUCCUGAAGGCUGACAUGACAGAUUCUAAGCUGGCGCCUGCGGAGGUCUGGACAUCCAGACAGGCUUUGCAAGAUCUGUACCAGAAGAUGCUGGUCACUGACCUGGAGUACGCUUUAGACAAGAAAGUCGAGCAGGAUCUCUGGAAUCACGCCUUUAAGAAUCAGAUCACAACGCUGCAAGGCCAGGCGAAGAAUCGCGCAAACCCGAAUCGGAGUGAAGUGCAGGCAAACCUCUCCCUGUUCCUCGAGGCAGCUAGUGGCUUCUACACGCAGUUGUUGCAAGAACUGUGUACAGUGUUCAAUGUAGAUUUGCCAUGUCGUGUGAAGUCUUCCCAGUUGGGGAUUAUCAGCAAUAAGCAGACACAUACGAGCGCCAUCGUGAAGCCACAGUCCAGCUCCUGUUCUUACAUCUGCCAGCACUGCCUGGUCCACCUUGGAGACAUCGCUCGGUACAGAAACCAGACCAGCCAGGCGGAGUCCUACUACAGGCAUGCAGCCCAGCUCGUGCCCUCCAACGGUCAGCCUUACAACCAGUUGGCCAUCCUGGCGUCUUCCAAAGGAGACCACCUGACCACCAUUUUCUACUACUGCAGAAGCAUUGCUGUCAAGUUCCCUUUCCCAGCUGCCUCCACGAACCUACAGAAAGCACUUUCUAAAGCACUGGAGAGCCGGGAUGAGGUGAAAACCAAGUGGGGUGUCACUGACUUCAUCAAGGCGUUCAUUAAGUUCCACGGGCAUGUGUACCUGAGUAGGAGCUUGGAGAAGCUGAGCCCUCUGCGAGAGAAGCUGGAGGAGCAGUUCAAGAGGCUGCUGUUCCAGAAGGCCUUCAACUCCCAGCAGUUGGUGCACGUCACCGCCGUCAACCUCUUCCAGCUGCACCACCUGCGGGACUUCAGCAGCGAGACGGAGCCGCACGCCUACAGCCAGGACGAGCAGCUGUGCUGGACACAGCUGUUAGCGCUCUUCAUGUCCUUCCUCGGUGUACUCUGCAAGUGUCCUCUCCAGGGUGAGCUGCAGGGGGACGCCUGCAGCACCUUCCCCCUCCCUGCAGUCAAGGUCUCCAUGGAUUGGCUGCGCCUCAGACCCCGCGUCUUCCAGGAGGCAGUGGUGGGCGAGCGGCAGUACAUUUGGCCCUGGCUGAUCUCACUUCUAAACAGUUUCCACCCGCAUGAAGAAGAUCUCUGCAGCACUAACGCUACUCCACUUCCAGAGGAGUUCGAGUUGCAAGGAUUCCUGGCCUUGAGACCUUCUUUCAGGAACUUGGAUUUUUCCAAAGGCCACCAGGGUAUUACAGGCGACAAAGAGGGCCAGCAGCGCCGGCUGCGGCAGCAGCGCCUGAUCUCCAUAGGCAAGUGGAUCGCCGACAAUCAGCCAAGGCUGAUUCAGUGUGAAAAUGAGGUAGGGAAAUUGUUGUUUAUCACAGAAAUCCCAGAGUUAAUACUGGAGGACCCCAGUGAAACCAAAGAGAACCUCAUUCUGCAAGAAGCAAGUGUGAGUGAGGCGCCAGCCAGCGACGGGAGCACAGGGCUCAAGUCAGUGCUGUCCACGGGCCGCGGGCUCGGCAGCGGCGGGGAGCCCGGGGAGAAGCCGGUGGUCACCUUCAGAGAGAACGGGAAGCCGCGAGAAGGGAGCAGAGACCAGGGAAGAAGUUUCCCUUCCAAAGAGGUGAAAUCCCAGACAGAGCUGAGAAAGACUCCUGUGUCGGAAGCCAGGAAGACCCCCGUAGCACAGAGCCAGGCCAGCACCUCCCCGCUCAUCCCGAUCCAUCACCCGGCAGCCUUCCCGCCGCUCCCCAGCCGGCCCGGGUUCCCGCCCCCGACGUACGUCAUCCCCCCUCCUGUGGCGUUCUCUGCGGGCUCAGGCUACACGUUCCCAGCCGGGGUCUCCGUCCCAGGACCCUUCCUGCAGCCCACGGCCCACGCUCCCGCCGGGAAGCAGUCGCACAUUCCUUACAGCCAGCAGCGGCCCUCCGGACCAGGGCCUGUGAGCCAGGGGCCUCAGCCGCCACAGCCACCUUCCCAGCAGCCCCUUCCCUCCUUACCAGCUCAGCCCACAGCACAGGCCACGGGCCAGGGGCCGGGCCCAGCUCGAGCCCAGCAGCAGUCCCCCACAAAGACUGGGCCAGCUUUGGGGAGAAGCUCGCCUCCCCACUCUGGAUUCCAGCAGUACCAACAGACAGAUACCUCCAAACAGCUGUGGAAUCCCCCUCAGGUGCAAAGCCCCCUUGGGAAAAUCCUGCCUGCGAAGCCACCCUACUACCUUCAGCCCCAGGACCCGGGGACGCUCUUGGAGCCGGCCCUGCAGCCUGCGGCCUUGCAGCAGCCUCUGGAGAAGAAAAGGAAGCCUUUUCUGGAGCCGUGCCACCACAGCCCCUCGGACGCCUCGGUCCCCGACUUCUACUGGGACUCUGCCUACAGCAUGGCCGACAGCCGCGCCGUCGUGGACCGUAGGGGCAAGCGGCCCCCAGCAGGCUUCCGUCUGGAGCAGGAGCCCAUGUCCAGGGUGCCGUUCGAGGGCCCCCCGAGCUCCCCUCUGCUCCCUCCGGACCUGUUACAGAGCCUGGCUGCCUUGGAGGAUGAGGAAGAGCUGCUCUUUGCUAACCCUCCCGAGCUUUACCCAGCCCUCCUGGGGCCUCUCGCCUCUCUCCCUGGAAGAAGCCUCUUUAAAUCCUUGUUGGAGAAGCCCUCGGAGCUCAUGUCCCUCACCGGCUUCUCUCUCAAUCAGGAACGAUACCCAAAUAGCAGUGUCUUCAAUGAGGUGUGUAGCAAAAACCUGACGACCAGCGCCAAGGCAGAGCUGAACCCCUCCCUGGCCCCCCAGGAGACCUCGCUCUACUCCCUGUUUGAAGGAACGCCGUGGUCUCCGUCCCUGCCUGCCAGUUCAGAUCAGUCGACACCAGCGAGCCAGUCUCCUCAUUCCUCCAACCCCAGCAGCCUGCCCAGCUCUCCUCCAACACACAGCCACAGCUCCAUUCCCUUCUCCAAUUUUGGACCCAUUGGGACUCCAGAUAACAGGGAGAGGAGGACUGGAGACCGGUGGAAGACGGACAAGCCAGCCAUGAGUGGGUUUGGCAUCGAUUAUCUCUCUGGCCCGUCCUCCUCUGAGAGCAGUUGGCAUCAGGCCAGCACCCCAGGUGGCCCCUGGCCCGGACCUGGGCCCUCCGUGGAGGACUCGUCUGCUGUACUCAUGGAGAGCCUGAAGUCCAUCUGGUCCAGCUCCUUGAUGCGCCCGGGACCCUCGGCGCUGGAGCAGCUCCUGAUGCAGCAGAAGCAGAAGCAGCAACGGGGACAAGGCGCCGUGAACCCUCCACACUGAGGCCAGCGCAGCCCUGGGAGCCGAGGCUCCGGAGACCUGGCCCGCACAGCCCCUGCGGGGGCCGCCCUCACCUCUGUUGCUUACCGGCCAGAGGGUGUCAGCGUCCCAGCAUCCCGCUGAGUGUGCACGGAAUGUCCACAGUGCGACCACGAGAAAACCCGUCGGGAACUCUCCGUCCCCCGGGGGCCUUCCGGAGGGAGAGAGGAACUGCUGUUUGUCUCACCUGAUGUCACCACCUCUCCCCUUCUCCAUCAUGCAUGUCCCCAGCCACGAGGGCAAUGGAGGCCAAGGAGGGAAGGCAGAUGGAAGAAGCCAGUGGGGACUUCUCAGUCCUGUUUUCCUCUUGGGGGAAUAAAGUAGGAAUCCAUUGAU